AUGAAACAGGCACUGAACAAUACACCCGAGCAGGUCGAGGGCAAAAGCCAUAAUCGCCCCGUUAAUUACUGGGGCUGCGGUCUGAUCGGACUGAAGCUGAUUACAGGGGGACCAAUGAGGGCGAGGAUCGUGUCCGGCCCUACCUCAAAGAGUACAGGAGGUUCUUGCGGAUUUACAGGAAAAGUCGCCGUUAGCCAGGAUUUCCCGAAACCUGCUGAAAGAAGCUCCGAGCUCACGGAUGAUGGCUGCUGA